AACAUAUAUCGUCGGUUAAUUCGUCACCAUAUACAGAACCAAGAAGAGUCGUCGUCUUGCAGCUGCGCUAGAGCUUAGCAACCAAUUAGACACGGGGAUUCAAAUUAUACAUGGCGGCGGCCAUGGAGCUCCACGGCGAGAGGCGGAGCGAGAGCGCGGGGGUGAAGGUGAAGUUCAUCGAGACGCAGUUCGUGAGCUCCGACGCCGCCAGCUUCAAGUCCGUCGUGCAGCGGCUCACAGGCAAGCACUCGCAGAUGCCGCCGCCGCCCUCGGUCCACAGGCCUCGUCCGAGGUCGUCGUCCGGUAGCAUCGGCGCCGGGGAAGAACGGCGGCGCCCUAGCAACCAGCUGAACGUGGCGGCGCCCCCCAAGCAAGUUCCUGCAGCCGUUUUCGAGCCGGCGCGCAUGGAGAUGGAAGAGCAGCUGCACGGGCUCUGCGACUUCGCCGACCUGUUCUACGCCACUCCUGGCGUGCGGCGGGAAGGCGGCGGCAUCAUUAAUGGCUUCCCUUACUGAGAUGGCCUGAUUGUACUAGUACUGAUUACCUUCUCUCUUUUGGGGGGCGGUUGAUCCGGGCGGGCAACAAGUGCUUUUGAUCGAGGCGGAACUGCCAUUGCAGCACUUGGGGUCUUGGACUACUGCCUGCAGGCUUACACGUAAUUAGUUGUGCGCGUUCCUCAGUUCCAGAAAUUGUGUUGAAGUAUGUGGUGAUGAAAGUCAAAUCAAUGAAGAUGGUUCGAGGAGGCUUUGUGGCCUGCUGUUUGGCAGAGGGCGCCUAAAUUUUCCUAGUCUCUGCAAUUUGCUUGGAACCGUGAACCUCAUUGUGAUUUCUCCAA